GUUAAGUUAUAGCGGGUCCAGAAUACGCCGCGACUUUACACCGCGGAAGGUUCUUAUCUCUCUUGUAUCUCUAAUAUUUAUUUAUUAAUAUACUGUGACUCAUUUAUUAAUUUUGGGACUUACGUGACAAGUGAGUGACUUGAUAUAUUUAUUAUUAUUUUUAGUGACACAGAGUGAGUGCAGUGAGUUUGAUACUUAAAACAAACUACGGCGAUAAUUGCAUAAUAUUUUAUUGAGCCGGAGGUUUUUGGACUGGCCGGGAUGCGGCUCUCGGAGCUCCCGAGCUAUAGUGGGUAACACGUGGCCAGGCGAUUUCACACACUCCUGAUUAAUUAGAUUCACGCAUUUACGCGUGAGAGGCUGUCGGACCAUCAGAAUGCGAGGGGUGUGGAAGUUGCUACUCAUAAUCAUCUACACGAUGGUUGGCGCAAAAAUAUCGAGUGGUAACGGUGAUAUCUGGCCACUGGAACGUCCAGAUGGAAUGCCAUCGAUCCAAUCCCUUGAGGUUAUGUGUGGAAAAGACCACAUGGACGUCCACCUCUCUUUUUCGCAGCCAUUCGACGGAAUAGUAUCGUCAAAAGGACAACACGCGGAUCCAAGAUGUGUCUACGUGCCGCCAUCUACAAGUCAGACAUUUUUUUCCUUCCGAAUAGCCUACGCCAGAUGCGGGACCAAGCCUGACAUGCAUGGCCAAUUCUACGAAAACACAGUGGUCGUUCAGUAUGACAAGGACCUGUUGGAGGUUUGGGACGAGGCCAAAAGACUGAGAUGUGAGUGGUUCAAUGACUACGAGAAAACCGCCUCGAAACCUCCGAUGGUAAUCGCGGAUUUGGAUGUCAUUCAACUGGACUUUAGAGGAGACAAUGUCGACUGUUGGAUGGAGAUACAGCAUGGAAAGGGACCAUGGGCGCCACCGGUAUCUGGAAUUGUACCUCUAGGCUCUACUUUAACGUUGGUUGUCGCGAUUAAUGAUUACAGAGGAGAAUUUGACAUGAGAGUUAAAUCCUGCGUGGCUUCUGAUGGAGGAGGACACACAAUCCAACUUAGUGAUGAGCUUGGAUGCGUCCUGAGACCAAAGAUGAUAAGCAGGUUCCUUAAGGCCCGGGGCGCUGACGAUCGCGCGACUGUUAUAACCUACGCAUUUUUCCACGCAUUCAAGUUUCCAGACGCGCUUAGUGUUCACAUUAAAUGCAAGGUUGAAAUAUGCAGACACGGGUGCUUGGACCACUGUCAACUGGCUGGUGCAGCCGGGCAUUACAUUCAAGACCGCAAGGACCACCCGGUCCGGAACUUGUAUCCUCAAACCACCCAGACCACAAUCACGCAUGAGGACGACACUUCUCUCUAUGAUGAUAUUAUACAAAAUGGCGAUGAAAUGGCCUCUAUAGGCGGCCAGUUUCUUGGGGUCGAAAAGUCUGCACCCAAAGCUCAAGCACAGAUUGGGAAUCGCAAUACUCCUCAGGUUCAAGAGGAAUCGGAGGAACAUAACCAAGAGACUCCAGAUUUGGCUCACUCCUUUCUGGACCCACCAAGAGUAACCAGGUACGAAGGAGAAGAACAAUUCCCCCAUGGGCCCCGGAACCUAGAAGAAGACUCAAAAAUCACCCCGAUAAUGAGCAACGGAAGUCGUCGCCGCAGAUCAGUGAAAGUUCUUGACCGCAAGGCGCGAUCCGCAGACGUGGGAGUCAGCGGAAUUUACGAGGUGAUUUCCGAGGCUGACUUGGCAUUCAGUCCGGACGCCCACGCAGAAGCGGUGACGGUUUUCCAAGGACGAAUUCGCGAGGAAGUGGUCUACGGAAUUUGCUUGCCGAUGCCCGGAUUCAGCGCCCUCUUCGUGAUCGUGGCUCUUUCCGCGGUGGUGUCUGCGCUGGUGGCCGGCGCGAUGCUGCACCGACUGCAAGUUCAGCGGGAGGUCGUCGGCAGCCCCAAAAACAGGGUCGCGGUCGCGGUCAAUGCCAACGGAUGGCUCCCCUACGGGCUGCUCAGGGUCAGAGGUAACGAAAGGGCCCAGGAGGACCGCCACAAGCAGGAGGACACGGGUAAUCCCAUCGAGCAGGGCUAGGUUACUCUUCGUUCUAUUCGAUAAAGUUGUUUUAAUCAAAACUUACUUUUUAUAAUCAAAAUAUUUAGUGUAAAAAUUUUAAUCAAAAAGCACAACAUUAUUUUUAUUAAUUAAUUAUUUAGUAGAUAGAAUUUUAAUUAAUCGGUUUUUAUUAUAUCGGUAGGUAAAUUUAUUUUUAUUUAGGUGAAUUUUAUUUUAUUUUAUUUUAUUUUACCUCGAUUUAUUUUGCCGUAAGAGACAAUGUGCAAUAUAAUGCACUGAAAAUAUUAUUAUUAGCGGUUUUAAGUUUUAGAUUGGUAAAAAACCGUCAUCCAGGACAAUCACGUCAAAGUUUUAUAUC